GUGCUUGGCUGCCAGAUAAAGAUGUUAUUGUUGUCAUCGUGCCUCCAUCCCAACCCUCCGCCUCCCGCGCUCCCACCCACCCUUGGCCAGCGGCUCCCAGGAACAAAAUCCCCGCACUCAGCUGAGGCUCACUUGUGGUGGAGCCGAGAGGAGGAGGAGGGAGACAGCCAGAGAAACUUAUCUUGGGGAUUAAUAAGAGGCAGUAGGAGGGAGAGGUGCACACAGGGAAACAUCUGGACCAUGAAGGUGGCCUUCAGAUUGCUUCUCCCACUUAUUCUGAUCCCACUUAUGCUGAUCGCAGAGGUGAGCGGGCAGCGGAAGAAGCCUCCCCGGAAACCAACCCGCCCACCUCCAGAGUUCAUUGAGCCUGUCGAGCCAACAGAGCUGCCUCCUCCCCUGCCACCAGGUCCCCCUUCCGUCUUCCCUGACUGCCCCCGAGAAUGCUACUGCCCCCCAGACUUCCCCUCUGCCCUCUACUGUGACAGCCGCAACCUGCGGAAGGUCCCCAUCAUCCCAUCCCGCAUCCACUACCUCUACCUCCAGAACAACUUCAUCGACGACCUACCGGAGGAGUCCUUCAGGAACGCUACAGGGCUGAAAUGGGUCAACCUAGACAACAAUCGCAUCCGGAAGGUGGACAAGAAGGUGCUAGAGAAGCUGGAAAACCUCAUCUUCCUCUACAUGGAGAAGAACCAGCUCAAGGAGGUGCCUGCCUUCCUGCCGCCCAACCUGGAGCAGCUGCGUCUGAGCAGGAACCAGAUUUCCAAGAUCCCUGCUGGGGUCUUCAACAAGCUGGAGAACCUGGUGCUCUUGGAUUUGCACCACAACAAGCUAAGCGAUGGGGUCUUCAACAAAAACACCUUCAAGGGACUCAAGAACCUCAUGCAACUCAACCUUGCCCACAACAUCCUAAGGAAAAUGCCCCCCGGGGUGCCCAAUGCCAUCCACCAGCUCUUCCUAGACAGGAACAACAUUGAGGACAUCCCCAAUGAUUACUUCAAGGAGUUUCCCAACCUGGCAUUUAUCCGGCUCAACUACAACCAGAUCUCUGAUAAGGGGCUUCCCAAGAACUCCUUCAACCUCACCAACUUGCUGGUGUUGCACCUGGCCCACAACAAGCUCACCAACGUCCCUUUCAUCAGUCCCAAGCUGGAGCAUCUCUACCUGAAUAACAACUCCAUCGAAAAAAUCAACGGAACGCAGAUCUGCCCCACUUCACUGAUGUCCAUCCAGGACUUCUCCCCAUCCGAUCUGGACAGCGUUCCCCGGCUCCGGUACCUGCGGCUGGAUGGGAACCUCCUGAAGCCCCCCAUCCCCUUGGACCUGAUGAUGUGUUUCCGCCUCCUGCAGUCCGUGGUCUUCUAGGCAGCCUGCCUCUCCCUGGACUUAGCUUUGCACAGAGACUUGACCCCCAUCCGUGUUUGACACAUGGGAGACUCUUUGCCCCCCUCUCCCCCUGUCUCCAUCCCUCUUGCCUUUCCCCUUUUCCUUUCUGUGGGCAGGCAUGG